CUGAAAAAGUAAAGCAAGAAGUUGAUAAAAUGUCGGCGACUUGUUCCGUAUUUCUAUUGCUGCUCGCGGUAGUAGCUUCAACCCAAGGCGCCAAUAUCUUGGGGCUCUUCAGCAGCCACAGUCAAUCGCAUCUGAUCCUCCAUAUGUCGGUGGCCAAGACCCUGGCCGAGGCUGGACACAACGUGACGGUGGUGUCCAUGAUGCAGCCCAAAGUAAUGCACAAGGAUAUUCACCUGAUUGUAGUCCCGGUGACGGAGGAACAGGAGCGAACAAUAGAAGACCAAAUGAACACCAUGGCGGGGCAGAAGAACUCAGUUUUUAGCACAAUGUUUCGGCUAAUGAACGGAAUGAAAGUGAUGAUCGAUUCUCAAGGAGAGCUGCUCUCCGACCCGAGGUUCCAACGUAUAUACGAGACCAAAUUCGACCUGAUGAUUAUGGGAUACUUCAUCAACGAUUUCCAGUUGGGAGUUGCCAAUAAACUGAAGGUUCCCGUAAUCAUUGACUGGAUGGCAGCGCCCAUGCCCAUAAUUGAUUGGUUCACCGGUAAUCCUGCGGAGUUGCCUUAUGUUCCCAUCCUGUCUACUGCCACCCAUCCCAUGAGCUUGGGAGCGCGUGCUCAGAACUUUGGCAAAUAUCUCUUUAUGUCGUACAUAACCAAUCUGUUGGACUCCAAGGUGAUUGGCAUAUACAAGGAGAACUUUGGAGAAGGAAAAGAUCAGCCGACUUUAAACGAGCUACGAAAGAAUAUAUCCAUGGCCUUUGUCAACUGUCAUUUGAUCAGCGAAGGACCCAUUCGACCCAUGGUCCCAGGACUGGUCGAGAUCGGAGGCAUACAGGUUAAGGACAAGGCGGACUCCUUGCCCAAGGAUAUAGCAGAGUUUUUGGGCAAGUCCUCCCAAGGGGCUAUUCUCCUCUCCCUUGGUUCCAACAUCAAGAGCUCUGCAGUUAAACCAGAAAUUAUUCAGACCAUCUUCAAAGUCCUUUCUGGUCUUAAACAGAACGUGAUCUGGAAGUGGGAAGAUCUGGAGAACACACCUGGCAAUGCUGCCAACAUUCUCUACAAGAAGUGGCUGCCCCAAGAUGAUAUCCUGGCCCACCCCAAUACCAAACUGUUUAUCACCCAUGCCGGAAAGGGUGGCAUCACAGAGUCCCAGUACCAUGGAGUGCCAAUGGUGGCACUCCCUAUUUUUGGCGAUCAACCUGGAAACGCCGAGGUCAUGCAAAGCGCAGGAUACGGUCUGUCCCUCGACCUGCUAUCGAUAACUGAGGAGAGCCUUGGAGAGGCGCUCAAAGAAGUCCUGGAAAACGAGAAGUACACUAAAGCUGUUCGCAAGUUCUCUUCGCUCUACAGGGAUCGGCCGUUGACCGCCAAACAGUCCGUUCUUUACUGGACAGAGUACAUCCUGCGGCAUCAUGGAGCUCCUCAUCUGCAGAGUCCAGCGGUACACAUGAACUUUGUUGAGCGGUACAACAUCGAUCUCUACCUUAUACUUUUUACGUUUCUGGCUGUAAUAGUAUUCCUACUUAGCCUGGUUUUGAAGUUCAUUUGGAACAAACUAAGGGGCAAGACGAUUACCUAUAAGAAGAUAAAGAAUCAAUGGGCCAACAUUCUGGGCAUCUUUGGCACCCAUAGUCCCUCCCAUGUGAUAGUGCACAUGGCUGUGAUGAAAACCCUGGCGGAUCGGGGUCACAACAUCACCGUGGUUACGCAAAUGAAGCCAAAGUUGGCGCCCCAUGAAAAUAUUACCGUGAUUCUUGCGCCGCCGACUCCGGAGCGGGAACAAUUUAUCAAGGAAUAUAUGGCGGAAGCGUCCAAUGAGAAGCCCUCUCUCUGGAAGACCAUGGCCAAGGCUGUUAUUCAGUCGGGAAUACAACUGGAGGGUCAAUAUGAGUUUAUGAUGCACCCGAACUUAAAGAAGAUCUACGAGAACCCUCAAUCCAAAUUCGAUUUGGUAUUCCUGGGCGCAAUGGCCAAUGACUUUCAGCUUGGAAUUGCCGCCAAGCUACGCUGUCCAGUUAUCAUCACUUGGGUUGGAGUGCCCCUGCCCUUCAUGGACUCCAUUGUAGGCAAUGUCAAUGACCCAUCCUACGUUCCCAGCGUCAAUGUGGCCCUUGAAACCGGAAAAAGGACAAUGGGAUUCAGUCUGAGGUUCGGCAACCUCUUGAAGCAUUCAUUCCUAUCAACUAUCAAUAAAUUAUUAAACUUCAAGAUGAACCAGUUUUAUGAGCGAGCUUUUGGCAAUGAGUCAGACUCGGAGUUUCCCACCUACUAUGAGAUGAAGCGUCGCGUGUCCUUGCUGUUUUACAACUAUCAUGCUCCCAGCGAGGGACCUAUUAGACCCACCGUUCCGCAAUCCAUUGAAAUCGGUGGGAUCCAGGUGAAGGAGAAACCCACUCCAUUGCCUGAAGAACUCUCCGAGUUCCUCGACAACGCCAAUGAUGGAGCAAUUUUCUUCAGUUUGGGCACCAAUGUUGACACCAACACCAUUCGACCCGAAAUCGUGGAUACCCUCUACAAGGUGUUCUCUAAAGUGCCUCAAAGAGUUGUGUGGAAGUGGGAGAAUCUGCAAAACAAGCCGGGAAAUUCCUCCAAUAUAUACUUUAGCAACUGGCUGCCCCAGGACGAUAUUCUGGCCCACCCCAAUACGAGACUGUUCGUAACCCAUGCAGGCAAGGGAGGCGUGGCGGAGGCGCAGUUCCAUGGAGUGCCCAUGGUGGCACUGCCUCUCUUCGGAGAUCAACAGGGCAAUGCGGAGAUAAUGGUCAGAUCUGGAUUCGGUCGCUGGCUGGAUAUUCUCACCGUUACGCCGGAGGAACUGGAAGAGAGCAUACUUGAUGUCUUACACAACCCUGUGUAUCGGGAGGCCAUUGGAAAGUUUUCCUCCCUCUACAGGGAUCGUCCACUGACGGCCCGGGAAUCCGUGGUCUACUGGACCGAGUAUGUCCUGCGACACCAGGGAGCCUAUCACCUGCAAAGUCCCCUCAUUCAUAUGGAUUUUGUGGCCCGCAACAAUAUUGAUGUUUAUGGAGCAGUUUUGAUCCUUUUACUUGCUACCUGCUGGCUACUCCUUGUCAUAUUCCAAUGGCUAUUUCGCAAGGUGUUUAGAGUUGUGCGUGGCCAGAAUUAUCGGAAAAGGGUGAAGCAUGAAAAGCUUAAAGAUAAUUAACCAUUGAACCUUCUAAUCAAUGCGUAUACGUAAUAUCAGUUGGCGUUGUGAAAUACUAAAUAUCACGAAAUUAAUGUGUUCUGAGCAGGGACAGUGAUUAAAUCGCUUUAGUUUGUUUUGUAAUUAGGAAAUACAGUAUAGUUAUUCAUAAUAAAAUGUUUAAGCAUACAGACAUA